AUGGACUUAAGAAAAAUCCUUUUCAUCUUUAAAAUUUUAUCAAUCUGCCAGAUGGUUGUAUUUGCUUUACCCAAAGAGGUACAAAAGGAAGUUAUAAUUAUAGAAGAAUCUGUGAAAAUAGAAGAAGUGCCAGCUGAAGAUAUAAAAGGACCAUCAAAUCCAUGUGCAAAAAAAUAUGAGGAACCAUGUUUAAAUCGCGGAGGUUCAUCUACAUGUGUGUGUAUGAGCGGAUUUAUUAGAGAUCGAUCUGGAAAUUGCGUCCGCUUUGGAGGAGAAUGUCCUCGCAACGAAAUUCUAAGUUGCGCGAAUAGAAACCAUGAACUGACUUGUGACAACCUUGAUCAAAAACUUAGUAAGGCGGCCUUACAUUGCGUAUGUUGCGAUGCCAAAUGUAUGUGUGCUCCUGGAUUUGUUCGACAUUCUAAUGGUCAAUGUGUUCCUAAGGCAUUUUGUAGCCUUACAAACAUCGAUUGUGGAGAACAUGAAAGUUACUCAGAUUGUCAAGGACCAGAAGAUGGAGGUUAUUGCUAUAAUAGUUGUGAACCUGAUUGUAAGCAUGUGUUGCCUUACUUUUGUAGAGGCCAGAAUAAGCCUGGUUGUUAUUGUGACAUAAAUUAUGUCCGACAUGAUGGAAAAUGUAUUUCGAUUAAGGAAUGUUUUCGCAAAAUAUGA